GCCGAGGGGUCUUGAGGUGACAGCGACUGCAACUGUGACUCCAGCUGGAGGAGGAGGAGAAGAUGGACAGGGGGAAGGCCGGGCGACGCCGAUCUUCAUCCGGAUUUUUCAGAGCCUUUGCUAUGCUCUUGUACACUGUGCCUCUCCAAAAGAAUUGACUGAGCAUGCAGUGUUUUUCAAGCUUGCUUCAUUUUGAAACUUCCCUUCCUCGCCUAAUUUCAUCUUGAGAAUCUAGUAUCCCCUGAUGAUACACCUUUCAUUUGCCUGUAGGCCCAUGGGAUCUCUGCAUAUUUUGCAUCAAAUUGUCACGGAAGGAAAAAGAAAAAAGUCAUCUUCUGAGUUACAUAAGAUAACAAAGAUGUUAAAUGCAAAACCAGAUGAUGUUUGUGUAAAAUCAUCACUGUCCAAACUCAGAAGCUCAGAACGGUGGGAUCUCUCUUUGCAGGGGUGGGAAAGAAACCUAAGAAACAAGGUCCUCUCUCUAGACCAUAAAAGUAAAAAAGGUGUUCGUGGGUGUCCUGUCACUUCCAAGACAUCACCAGAAAGGCAACUCAGAGUUAUGUUGACGAAUGUCCUAUGGACGGAUUUAGGACGAAAAUUCAGAAAGACCCUACCUAGAAACGAUGCUAAUUUAUGUGAUGCCAGCAAGGUGCAAUCAGACUCAUUGCCUUCGACAUCUGUUGACAGCCUAGAGACAUGUCAAAAAUUAGAACCUCUUCACCAAAGCCUUAAUUUAUCUAAAAGGAUACCCAGAGUUAUAUUGACGAAUGUCUUGGGAACGGAGUUAGGAAGAAAAUACGUAAAGACUUCUCCUGUAACUGAGGCAAGUUUGAGUGAUACAGACAACUUGCAAUCAGAGCAGCUUUCUUCAUCAUCUGAUGGCAGCCUAGAAUCUUGUCAAACUCUAAAUCCUCACAAGAGCUCCCUUUUAUCUGAAAGGGUUUCACAACUAAGUAAGAGAGUCUAUAAUAAAUAUGCAAAGCAGGCUGCACAUACCAAAGAAAAGAGAAGAGAUGAUGAUAGCAUUUCUUUUAUAAUGUCUGAUACUCAACCUAAAGACCUCGAUAGUGGAAGUAGACAUGAUCAUCUUGAAGAGCGUAGCAGAAACAAGGAUGAUACAUAUUCUGAUUCAAAAGUGGAGCCCACUCUGAUUUCCAGGAAGAGAAAGAAAAGACUUAGAAGUAAUUUAUCUGAUUCUCAUAAUUCUACUUCUUUAUUUCAGUCAGCAGAACAGACAAAAGAACAAGAAAAUAACUCAACGGUAUCCACUGAGUCUGAAAAGUCAAGUGAAAAUCAUUAUCAAGACCCAAAACUGAUAGAUGAAAUUACACCUGAACCUAUAGAAAGUGAUUUUACUAUCCUAUCCUCACUUAAUAGUCAGGAGUUGAUUUUGAGUGCAGCUCCCAAACGCACCUCUGACUGUUCAAUCACUGAAACUUUUGAGAGCUCCGUUUCCACUGAUACCCUGGAGAGUUCUACCCUGAUUGAGAAGGAUGAGAAUGAAUUGAACAUAAAAGAAAAACCAGUUUUAAGUGAACACAGUGAAGGGAACCAGUCAUUGAUCUCAGCUGAACCAAUUGUUGUUUCCAGUGAUGAAGAAGGACCCAUUGAACAUAAAAGUUCAGAGAUUCUUAAAUUACAGUCUAAGCAAGACCAUGCCAUCACUAAUGAAAAUGAGAGUACUUCUAAAUCACCAUUGUCAGGACUACCACUGAUUACAUGUGAUUCGGUACAGGCUUCAUCUGAAUUAUGUCCAUAUAACCCUGUCAUGGAAAAUAUUUCCUGUAUUAUACCGAGUAAUGAGAUGGCUCUACAAAUGGAUUUUAUAUUUACUUCUGUUUAUAUUGGUAAAAUAAAAGGAGCUUCGAAAGGUUGUGUUACAUUCACACCAAAGUAUGUUAAGAUCCCAUUUCAAGUGUCCCUGAAUGAAGUUUCAUUGCUAGUGGAUACCAAACAUUUAAAGAGGUUUGGGUUAUGGAAAAGUAAGGAUGAUGAUCACAGUAAAAGGAGUCAUGCUAUCCUUUUCCUCUGGGUCUCUUCACAUUAUCUUGAGGAGAUUCAGACUCAAUUAGAAAACUCUAUAUUAAGCCAGCAAUCAAAAUCCAGUGAAUUCAUUUUCCUUGAGCUACACAAUCCUAUUACACAAAGAGAAGAAUUGAAAUUGAAAGAUAUUAUGACAGAGAUAAGUACCACCAAUGGAGAACUAGAGCUUUCUUAUCCAUUGUCUUGGGUUCAGGCACUUCCUUUAUUUCAGAACCUCUCUUCAAAAGAAAGCUCUUUUAUUCAUCAUUAUUAUCCUUCAGCUUGCUCUUUUCCUGUGGUUGCUGCUGAAGAAAUGAAGAUGAAAUCAACAUCUCAGCCCUCAAAUAUAGAUACAGCCAAGCCUAAUUACACCUUCCUGCAGAAGCAAACUAGUGGUUGCUACUCACUUUCUAUUACAACUAAUCCAGAUGAAGAAUGGCGAGAAGUCAGGCACACUGGACCUGUUCAGAAGUUGAUCGUAUAUCCUCCUCCACCUACUAAAGGGGGAUUAGGAGUAACUAAUGAAGAUCUGGAGUGCUUAGAAGAAGGAGAGUUUCUUAAUGAUGUAAUUAUUGAUUUCUACCUUAAGUAUCUUAUAUUGGAGAAGGCAUCAGAUGAACUUGUUGAACGAAGUCACAUUUUCAGUAGCUUUUUCUAUAAAUGCUUGACAAGAAAGGAAAAUAAUUUAACAGAAGAUAAUCCAAAUCUCUCUAUGGCACAACGAAGACAUAAAAGAGUAAGAACAUGGACUCGUCACAUAAACAUCUUUAAUAAAGAUUAUAUCUUUGUGCCUGUAAAUGAGUCAUCUCACUGGUAUCUUGCAGUCAUUUGUUUUCCAUGGUUAGAAGAAGCUGUGUAUGAGGAUUUCCCACAAACCAUAUCCCAGCAAUCCCAACACAACAAAACUAUAGAUAAUGAUCUACAUACUACUUCAACACUAUCCUUGGAUACAGUGGAUUCUCAAAGUACCGAGAUGAAUAUGUCAGUACCAAAGAAAAUGUGUAAAAGGCCAUGCAUUCUUGUACUAGACUCCUUGAAAGCUGCUUCUAUACAAAACACAGUUCAGAAUUUACGAGAGUAUUUAGAGGUAGAGUGGGAAGUUAAACGGAAAACUCAUCGUGAAUUCAGCAAAACAAACAUGGUGGACUUAUGCCCUAAAGUUCCUAAACAAGAUAAUAGCAGUGAUUGUGGAGUAUAUUUAUUGCAAUAUGUGGAAAGCUUCCUUAAGGAUCCUAUUGUUAACUUUGAACUCCCGAUUCAUUUGGAGAAAUGGUUCCCUCGUCAUGUAAUAAAGACCAAACGAGAAGAUAUUCGAGAGCUUAUUUUGAAACUCCAUUUACAGCAACAGAAGGGCAGCAGUAGCUAGUUAAUCUGUACAAACAUGACACAGAUGUUCUAUACGAUUACUGGAAAGCUGCUUACCAGCAUUUGUGUUAGCCAGCUCACAGAGAAGAAAAUAACUUACUGUAGUUUUAUAAGUCAUUGAGCAUUAUUUAAAAUAUAUAAGGUAUAUUAUUAGAAUAGAUGGAGCAGAAAUGGGAUAUACAUAAACUUAGAAAUUAAAAUUUCAUAAAUAUUUGGUAUUUUUGAUUAAAUAUGCUUGGAUUAUGCAAUAGCAUAUGUAAUGUGGGAAUGUUUUUUGUAGAUAAUAAAACUUUGUGAUCUUUACUUCCACAUAACUGGGAGUUGAGGGGGAGUUAGGUCCUCCCUGGUGCCAGCCCAGUGCUUGUCAAAUUUGUUGACAAGUCACAUUAUAUUGUAAUUCUUUACUUUGCAGCUCAAGCAUGCAGUAUAAAUACUGUGUAUUUUUUUAAAAAAGAAUUUAGUAUCAAGACUUCAGAAAAUGCCAUUUACGGCAUCCCUUCUGUAUAGUGUAGAGAAGACAUGUUAGGAAGAUGAUAAAAAUUCAGUCUUUCAAAGCGCAGCUUAUUUUUCUCAAUUGCUAAAUGGAACCAUUGCUCUGCUGUAAUUUUUUUCCCAUUUUUUUUUGAUGUCAUAUGUGGGGUUCUGAGAAUUUAGUUCAUUCAGGGUAAAAUUUGGAAUAAAAAAUUUAAUUAUCCAAAAUAGGUUUUAAAAAUUAUAUAUGUAACUCAACUUAGUUUAUUUGAAGUAUAGCUAUAUAUUGAAUCCUACAUUAUCCCAGAAUAUAUGUACACAAUUUAUGUAAGUAUAGAAGAUAACAUUGGUAUCCUCAUAACUUUAAUUAAAAAAUACCCUCAAAGUCUUAUUUAUUGUUAGAACUAGGCAUAUAAUUUUAUAGCUUUGUUACCCAGUAUUCAUCUGUAAAGCCACAUUGCUCUCAUUGCUUUUAUAUUUUUAAAUUGUAGUUUUCAGAGACCUAUAAUCCCCAUGGAGCUUAAUUUUUUAAAUGUUUGGAUAACGGUUCUGAAUUUAUGUUAUGAUGGUGGUGUUAUAUACUUUACAACCUUCUAAUGUUAUUAGGAAUAUUUUGAGGGGACAACUAUAAUGUAUUUUCUCAAAUAAGAAAAAUGUUUUUUAAGACUAUUUUAAUCUUUUGUUUUAAGCAUCUCUUAGAUUUGCAUUGUAACUGUAUAUAAAACAGUGAGGCAAAGGCAAUUUAAGAUAAAGCUAAAUAUAGGAACAUUUUAUUUCAAAAUCAUGUGAAUUGAGGUUGUCAGUUAAGCCUCAAUAUUCUUAAGCUUUUGUUACUCCUGUCACCAUCUUUAUGUUGUUAAAGAGACUUGUCUUUUGGAGAUUUCCUAUAAAGAUGCUUAUAAUUA